CAUAGAACGCUUUGUUGACGCUCCUCAUGCUAUGGAGUGCUCGCAACUCCAAAUCUCGUGAGAGCUCAUAGCCAAAAGCGGAUUGGCACUCCUACUUGUAUCAGCUGUUCGCGAUACACCUCAUCAUUGUGACUUUCCUGUUGUUCGAAUCAGCAUCAUCUCUGCUUCUUUCGCCGACGGCCAAAUCUAGUUUCCACCGCGGAGGCAACACUGGCCCAACACAAACAUGAGUGACUACUCAUAUUCGUAUCCAUGCACGCAUAUACGGUUAAGCUCAGUAGUCGCCGACGAGCUCCGCAAAACAUGUGAGUCGAUGGACGGUUCGGAUGACUACUUGAUCGAGCUCCGGAGCCAUCUCUCGACAGACAAACCCAUGCCUUUCAAGCUCAUAAAGACCUUCUGGGAAGAACAUAAAAAAGGGACGGCGCUGCAUAAAUGGAUCUCAGGCUGCGCUUUGAUUCUUCCUGAGGUUGUUGUACCACCCCGAAACGACGAGCUGGAGAAAAGAUGUCAGAAACUCCGCGCACAACAGAGCCAUGCCGAAUACAACAAAAUGGUAAAAGGAAUCGAUAAGAAAGUACCCACAGAAGCAGGGGAGCGCGCGAUCUGGAGGGAGAUACGGAAUCAGUACAUCGCAGUGAUAAACAUGGUGCUGACGAUCGGAGGAACUUUUGUGUUUGUUUAUAAAGCUGUGGAGUAUUCGCUGCCUGCGCCGAACCCAGCCGCUCAAACUCUGUUGGGUAUUUUUGCCUGUCUUGUUGUGGCCACAGCAGAACUCUAUUUCUUGCUGAGAGAUUUGAGUUGAAUAGAAUAUUUAUGGAGUUUCGUGCGUGAACCCUGGACACUAUUCCGAAUGAAACAGGUUAGGCUGUGAGAGUGAACGAUAGCUUUUGAUGAACAAAUUGAAUCCUUGGUCUUCUGAAUAAACGCGGCGAGGUAUCCGGU